GUGGAGCAGCACCAAUGACCUCCAGGGAGGCUCCUGUGAACUUUCUGGAAGAGGGUGGACUGGCUGAACGGUUCCUUCACAUUGAGCGAGAGCAGAUAGUCCACCUGAAUUCACUCAGCUUCCUUGAGCCCAUCCAGUAUGUUUAUAAUCCUUUGGAUUACGCCUGGGAGCCCCACCAAGACUAUGUGCGUAAAUAUUGUCGCUCCCGGAAGGAGGUGCUCUUUCUUGGGAUGAACCCAGGGCCUUUUGGCAUGGCCCAGACUGGGGUGCCCUUUGGAGCAGUGCAGCUUGUUCGAGACUGGCUGCAGGUAAGUGGACAGGUGUCUCGACCAGCACACGAACACCCUAAGAGGCCCAUCCGUGGCUUGGAGUGCCCCCAGACAGAGGUGAGUGGAGCCCGCUUCUGGGGCUUCUUCCGUUCUGUGUGCACCAGGCCUGAAAAAUUCUUCCAGCACUGCUUUGUACACAACCAUUGUCCGCUGCUCUUUGUCAGUCAAAGUGGGCGCAAUCUGACACCGGCUGACCUGCCAGCCACUCGGCGUGAACAGCUUCUGCAGAUUUGUGAUGAUGCCCUGUGUGAAGUUGUGAAGUUAUUGGGAGUUGCAACAGUCAUUGGGGUUGGACGCUUUGCUGAACAGCGUGCCCACAAGGCUUUGUCAGCUGCUGGCAUUCCAGUACGAGUAGAGUGGGUAAUGCACCCGUCACCUCGCAAUCCCAAGGCCAACAAAGGCUGGGAUGCCAUCAUCCGAGCAAAACUGGAAGAACUAGGCUUGAUGGCUCUCAUCACAGACUAACUGAAAACUCCAGAGAAAACAAAGAACUCUUACUUCAGAAGCAUUAAUUCUUCUACAGUACUCAUUGACUUGGAUUAAGAAUCUUCUAGCUUUAAUUAACCCGACCUCAGUUUUUCACUACUCUUAUUAGCCCUUCUGGGGUGAAUUGACAAUUGAGCUCUCCAGAUUUUUAUGAAGCACAAGGCUAGAAUAUAUUUUGUUCGGUGCUAACACUUAUUUAGGCAGCUGUAUUCAGUUGGGUAUCAGUGCCUUCUUCAUGGUACACUUCGUGGUAGAUAUUCAUGUUGCAGUUUCGUGCAACAAUAUUCCAGUUGAGAUUUUGCCUAAACCUUUGCCCUUUUGGGGUGAUAUGGAUCCUUAAUGCUGCUUAUGUUGAUGGACUACCAACUGAGUUAGCCCAGUAUUGUCUACUCCAUCUGAAGCUCUUUAAAGCCUAGAUAUGCUCAAUUUUCUAUAUGCAAAGCAGAUGCUCUGUCCUGGAGUUACAGUUCUGAAUCAGGAGGGUGGUGCGCAUCAUGGCAACAGUGUGGGAACUGCCUCCUCAUAGCUACUUUUAAUGCUGCUUAAAUUCACAUAUGCAUAUCAGAAGAAAACCUAAGCUGGGUCCAAGAACACUGGAAAAGCCCUAACUAGAAGUAGGAGGGAUGAGAUCUGUGGUUCUCUCUGUUUCUGCACUACUGUAUUCUUUGACAUGAAUGGUUCACAUCUCAUUCCCUUCUUGAUUGGUGGAUCUUUGGGAACGGAACAAAUGAACAAAGAAGAGGAAAUGGUUGGGAAAAAAGCUCCCCUCCCUCUCUUCAGUUCUUGGUUUGGUUUGGUGUUCAUUUGUUUUUUAAUUUAAAAUUGCAGCUAGCUACUCUCAGUCAACUGCUGAGUAGGAAGCGGCAACAUUUCUCAAAAUACCUGUUCAGGAAUUUGAAGGAACAAUGCAGGCAUAUUCCAGAUUACCCUGCAGUCAUCUCAACUACCUUGGCUAUAUCCUGGAAAACAAAUGUGUAGGAACACCCUUGACUGUUGCUGUACUAAGUAGGCUUGGAUUAAACACUGUCUGGAGGUAGCUGCUGUGCUUCUGGGUGCAGCCCCAUCACUAAAGACCAACAAAAUGUCUGUAUGGAGAAUGUGAGUGGAAUUUGCUCUUUACAGACUUGAACAUGGUUCAGAAGCAAUCCAACCCCGCCACCCAGCCUACAUUUCUUGUGCUAUUCCUUGUAAGUUAAACAUUCCCUUGAGUCGAGCUUGACUCCUGGUUUUCUUUGCAAUAAUGCAGAAGUGGUUUGUCUUUGGGAAGCAGGCAAGGGCAAACCACUUCCAAAAACCUUGCCAAGAAAACUGCAGGGACUAGUCCAGGCAGUCUCUGAGAAUCGGACAAGAUUGAACAGAUAAAAAAAAAAAGGUAUCUAUAGCUAAUCAGUAUGGCUCCUCUUCUAGGAACAAGAAUCAUAACCAGUUCAUAAUUUUAAGAGUUUCUUUUGAAAGCAGCAUCUGGAUCUUCUGUAGGACUGCUGGGAUUUGUUCACUUUUUUUCAAUCCAGAUUCCUUCUGGCAGAUUCCUGUGACAGAGAAUAUUGACGGGUUACUGUGAUGAGGAAUAAUCUGCAUUCUGUUCACUUACUAUGAUGGGAAAAUGUCACAUAAGAUGCUUCUUUGGAACACUAAAUGAUAUUUGUUUGUCCUAACUAUGUUGCAAAUGAUCACUCACUCAAAAAGAAAAAUUACACUCGUUCUUUCCUGUUUACAGAAAUGUGUUGUGGUUAAUUAAUAAUGCACCCAUUUUAUUUUGUCAUUGAUGUAACAAGCUAAAAGUCUCACUUUUGGGCGGGGUGAGUGGUUGACAUCUGGGUGUUGUUAUUGGCAUGGACUUCUCUGCCUCAAGCUCUUUGCUCCUGACCUUGGCUGAUGUAGCCCUCACACCUAAUACCCAAAGACUGUACCUUUUUGUUAGGAAACAAACACCUAACAAGGAAGUUUGGAAAGUGUUAACUGCUCUGUCAAUAAGAUGGGUGAUCCUUGAUGUUGUAGUAUAGAGAGAAACACCUCACUGAGCGCCCCCCCACAUCU